AUGGCAUUCCUGCCGACCGAGUCGUCAUGGAAUGAAGGACUUGAAGAAUUGGAACUGUGUGGUCACGUUGCCAGGGGUAGAGAUCCUGCUCAAUCUCCAAUCCACUCCUCGAUCCACGAUGCCGGUUGUUCGCCCUCCGAGCAUUUCUACAAUAUGGCGGACGGUGGGGCAGGACUGGAGUUGGAUGCGACAGCACUUGAAGAGGCGAAAACAGAUUUGGUGGAUGUCACACAGUCACCAAGGGAUCUGGGUAUGAGUAGAUGCGCCUCAUCCACUCUAUACUUACAUGGGGAUCGAGAACCCGUUCACGUGUCAAACCCACGCGAAGCUUUCGACUUGCCGAAUACUCUGAAGGACCAUUCAACAAGCCACAACGAUACUUGGAAUUACCUAGAUCGGCUAGACAACCACAUUCACUUCGUCACCAAAGUCAAAAAGAUCAGGCAGCAGCGGCAGAAAGUCCAAGCGCUCAGGAUACAAGCAAGAGAUGAACGGAGUAGGAUGAAGCAUACGCGAGAUAGACUGCAAGAAGCCUUUGGCAGUUUUCUAGAGGCAAGCGGAACCAUGCUUUCCCUAGGAAAUGGUUAUGACAGUGCCACAGUCGGCUUGCGAGAGAUGGAAUCGACUUUCAGAGAACUGGAAGCCCAAGAUAUUGAUCUUGAUAUUGUGGAAUCGACUCUUGUUCCUGCAGAGUGGGAGCUCAAGGAAUCCGAGCAACAACUUUACGAGGACAUAUUAGGAUCAUCAGCUUCUGAUGGGAGUGAUUCCGAGAUUGGUGUCCAACUGAUCAAAAAGAUCCCUGAGAGUCUCCAUGAUAUACCUAAAACUCAUGACGUUAACGUGAGUCUCUCGCCCGAGUAUGAGCCAACCAGUCAAGAGCGAUUAUCGGCAUUAGCACGUCAAAGACAAGAAGUGACGGAUAGGCUGCUGAGCCUGACAAACGAGUACGCCGCGCUCCAGGAAGACGUGCAGAUGAGGACAGCAGUCGGUCUGCCUGUGGACGAAUUCUCGCAAGAGGCUUUAGCAGCUUUUCCGAAGCGCCGGGCGCAAUUGUUGAGAGAGUUGGCCGAUCUAACCACGGGUCACAACACCCUAUCUAACAUGGUCGCUGAAGGGUCGGAUCUGACGUCGAAGGAAUCAGACACACUAUUUGGACAUGAUCAAUUCAACGACCUGCUGACCGAUGCCGCGAUGAGCCUGCCAUCUCUGACCGAGGGCGACGAAGCGCUGCAUCUUCAAGCCCGCGAUUAUGAGGAACGAAACAAUGACAUGGUUCCUUUUCUGUCUCAGCCUAUCUUGGAUGCCAUGUUGCAUAAUCAAGGUAGAGAAGAGCAAUCUCUUGUUUCUCCCUUUGCCCAGUAUACGUCUGCUGCUUGGGAUCUGCGCGGCCGGGGGCCUGAGCUACUUUCAGCCUUUGUAUCCAUGUGGAUUGUUGGGUGCUUGCAAUCGUCGUGGUGGUCCCUGAUCCGCUUCAUCUCCAUAAUUGACCUUGAUGGGAAACUGCCUAUUGAGACAUUUGUGGAGUAUAUCAACAGGACGUUGUUUCAGGGCGACAACGGUUACAACACUCACCCUUAUCUCAGCGAAGAUCCAGAACGUUCUGGUUUCUCAUGUACUCUUGAGGACGAAAUAUUUACUCCGUUGUCCGGCGCUACUGACAAAUUCAACCAAGAGCUUCAGUGGAAGACUCGCCCCUUGAAACGAAGGCACAGCUCGGGAUACUCGGCGGCGACGAUCCACCGAAAACUUUCCAACCACACUUAUCCGAAGACAGACUGA